UUCUGCUUGUUCCAGUUGGAAAGUGUCUCUUAACAGAAGCCAAAACCCACCUGUAACAGCGCAAAGUCAAAUCAUGAUUAAGGAGCAAACACGGAGUAGCGGGUCAAGCUUGACUCUUAUUCCUUAAGGACUCCAGGAGGACGAAGUAUGUGUGUUUAUGCGAUUACAUGGACAUUCAGAGAUCAUUGAGAUUCCUAUACUCCGAAUAGAAUCAUUCAGACGAAGAACAGAUAAAAUGGCAGAAAUGCAAAACGUCAACCCAACAAUCCUCAAUACAGCUGAUCUUCCCACCCGCCAACGAAACAAGUCAACCACCAAGGCCAAAAAUGCAGAUGUGGCGGGUUAUGAGGGGACAGUCUUUUAUAAAGAUCUCGCACUGCCCGAAUUAACCGAUCCAUUCGCUCUACGCUCGUCAUAUAGUAGCAGUGAAUCCGAGAGUGAUGAUAAUGACGACGACGAUAAUACAUAUGAGGAACCUAUUGAUGAGCAAGAGAUAUACGACCUCGUCUCAACAAUCUCCGACCCCGAACACCCAAUAUCACUCGGCUCACUCGCCGUCGUCUCCCUGCCAGAUAUCUCCAUAACACCCUCCUUACCCCGAAACCCUUCCUCGCCCCUCCGCACCGUCACCGUGCUAAUCACCCCGACAAUCACACACUGCAGUUUGGCCACCGUGAUCGGUCUCGGUGUUCGAGUCCGUCUUGAACAGUCGCUACCGUCUAGGUUCAGAGUUGAUGUGCGCAUUAAAGAAGGUACGCAUAGUACCGCAGAGGAGGUGAAUAAGCAACUGGCGGAUAAGGAAAGGGUUGCGGCGGCCUUGGAGAACGGGACGCUUAUGGGGGUUAUUGGGAAGAUGUUGGAGACUUGCGCUUAGCUAAUUUUUAUAGACACUAAUUGUAUUUAUAUAUAGAUUGAUGAUGACAUAAAUGCAUUGAUGACCAGGCCCGACCUACGCCAACUAAUCUCAUCAUACAUUUCCAUUUGAUAUCAUUUCCUGGAUGCUUUUAGACUACCCCUCGAGUACACCACUAUCCUUAAGUCCCCGCCACAACUCAGGUUCCAGAAACUUACUAACCGUCACAUCCUCCGCCAACCCUUUCCGCCUUCUAGUCUUGAGCACAAAAUCUCUAGCAAUAGCCUGCGCACUCGCCAUUUCCAGCGGUCGAAGCUUCACUUCGCGAUCAAGUGGAUCACCGGGGACAACACUCCAUUUAUCAAAGACCAGGCUGACCGUCGCUUGUCCUUGGGUGUGGAUGCGGAGAUCCGUCUCGAAUCCAAAGGAGUCGAUCACCGGUAUGAGACCGCGGACCGAGUAGAGUGGUGUACCUGCUACGGGACCGUCGGAUAGGACGUGGCCUCGUCGUCGUGACAAGACUGUGUAUACAGAGGCGACUGCGUCGGCCGGACCCAGCAUUUCGCAUGCAUAUACGGGUUCCAUUAACCGGGGCGAUGCCAUGAGGAAGGACGAGUAGAUUGCGCGACGGGUGGUGGGGA